CACCGACAAAAGUUUUGAAUCUAUCAACACGAAACUCGAUCAUCCUGCUCUUAAACAACGCAACAUUGCAGCUCAAAAUUUAAAAUGUCAAGCGGAAAGGAUGGUAACCAGAGGCAAAGGCAUCCUUCCUCCUUUAAAAGUUGGUGACAAUGUGCUGGUGUCAAUCCCGUCGGUAGAUCGAGGGCGAGGAGAUGCAGCCAACCUUCUUGCAGUUAUCAUAGAAGAAAAAGAUGGUAAAUUUCGUAUUGGGACUAAAGAAGGAAUUUUAAGCACAUGGCUGGAACGGAACAGUCUGGCAGCUACAAAGUACUGUUCUCUAACGACUGCAGACGUUCAACAAAAUGAAUAUUCAUUACGGGAACUUGUUAGAUUGGGGUCAGUUGGGACCGGACAAUGCUAUCGACGUUGUACUUGUCGUACAAAUUGCACAUCUAAAAAGUGCACAUGUAAAAAAAAUAAUAUGAUGUGUAAUUUGGCGUGCCACCCAGGCUAUACUUGUCAAAAUGUUUAA